GUAGACAUUACUAGUGCAGAUAUUACUGGUGUAGCUAUUGCUGACAGUGAGUUUCUAUUCAUUGAGGCUAUAAUUAGUACUACUUCAGAAGGCUGGCUGGUUCAAAGUUUCUUAUCAGCAGGGCUUGAGAUGCUGGAGAUACUUGAGCUAAGGCCUAGUUUUAACUUAAGAUUCUUUUCAACAUAUAGUUGUAUAAG